UGCUGAGCUGGUCAUCAUCAACUGUCUAUACAAACCCAAAGUAUUGAAUGUCUCCACUUGUUUACAAUAUACCAAUAAGGGUCUAAGGUUUACUGAAGCCGUAGUUUGUUUUGUUGGGAAAACCAGUUUAAUUAACUCCACUGUGGGAAGACCUGGGAGUGAAAAAUAACUGCUUUACAAUAUAAAUCCAGUGUGGUAUGAGAGAGGUAGAAACCACAGGUUGGCUUUGUGGUAUUCACAUUUUUGUUGUCAAACACAGGAUGGAGACAGUAGUUUACCUGCAAGGCAUAUAGGCUGCAGUUUCAAUGCCAGUGUGAUUCUUAAUUCUCUGAGGUCAUUUCAGUGUUUGAAGUCAAUCAUAAUUGCCAUAGCAUGAUCGAUAUGGGGUUACUCAAGAAAACACUAACAGUAGAGGCAGGAGGCAAACUGCUUAUUCAUCCUAAUGAAAACUUGUGAGCUGGGAUGGGCUUUGCUGUCUUCAGAUGUGCCCAUAUUUGUCUCAGGAUGUUUUCUCUCUAAAGAUUGACACCUUAUUUCCAAUGCUCAGCAGUGAGCUGUUGUGUGGUGGAAGUGCGGAAGGAUCAAUUUAAUUAGCCUGUGGACUCUGUGAAAAUAUUCUGAGUGUAAUUUAUUCAUUACACCACAGUCAGAGAGAGAAGCCAGUACAGCAUUGACCAGUUUGGGGGAAAUCUUCCUCUCUAUGUGAUAGCAUGGGACGUAUCAAGAAAAGUAUCUCAGAUUUAGGAGACAGUUUUAGUUGGGGGUCUGCUGAUUCCAACUAUAGCCAGCCAUCAUCUGACCUCUCGCUGGAUGAGGAGAGGGAAGCUUUACGCAGGGAAAGUGAAAGGCAGGCGCUUGCUAAGCUAGAAAAAGCACGGUCCAAACCCGUAGCUUUUGCAGUUCGGACUAAUGUAUCCUAUGAUGGAUCCUUGGACGAUGAUUCCCCUGUACAUGGCUAUGCCAGAUCAUUUGAUGUCAAAGAUUUUUUACACAUAAAAGAGAAAUUCAACAAUGACUGGUGGAUAGGGCGGCUGGUGAAGGAGGGCUGUGAUAUCGGCUUCAUCCCCAGCCCUGCCAAACUGGAAUCUCUACGGCUACAGCAGUCCACAGGAAAAGGACAGAAGCUCUACCCUAGCAAAACAAGCUCCUCAACCAACAUAGACAACCUUCUCACCAAUUCCAAGUCUUCAAACUCUCGGGGAUCCACUCCUCCCACACCAGGUGUUGAAGUUGAGAAUGGGGACAGUAAUUUAGGUGAAGACAGUGACAGCCUGGGCAACUCCAAGGCCAGCAAGGCCAGCAUAACUCCUCCUGCCAAAGAGAAGAGGAAACCUUUCUUUAAGAAGUCUGAAAACAUCCCGCCAUAUGAAGUCGUGCCUUCCAUGCGCCCUGUUGUGUUUGUUGGUCCCUCCCUGAAGGGCUACGAGGUCACAGACAUGAUGCAAAAAGCACUCUUUGAUUUUCUUAAGCACAGAUUUGAAGGACGGAUUGUCAUUACCCGUGUCACUGCAGAUAUUUCUUUAGCCAAGAGGUCACUUCUCAACAACCCCAGCAAACGGGCAAUAAUUGAACGCUCAAAUAGUAGGUCUUCUUGUAUAGCUGAGGUACAGGCAGAAAUUGAGCGCAUCUUCGACCUAGCACGGCACUUACAGCUGGUCGUCUUGGACUGCGACACCAUCAACCACCCGUCACAACUUGCCAAGACCUCCCUCGCACCCAUCAUUGUCUAUCUAAGAAUCUCAUCACCAAAAGUGUUGCAGAGGUUGAUCAAAUCUCGCGGCAAGUCUCAGACCAGAAAUAUGACAGUCCAGUCCGUGGCAGCCGACAAGUUACUACAGUGUCCCCCAGAAAUGUUUGAUGUGAUUCUUGAAGAAAACCAGCUAGAAGAUGCUUGUGAACAUUUAGCAGAGUUUCUGGAAGCCUACUGGCGUGCUACUCAUCCCCCGGUUCCUGAGAGCACAUCUCCAAAGCGUUUCCCUGAGCUGACCAUGGCCUCCUCGGCGUCCCCAAACCUUAGCCGCCAUAACACUGUGCAGGAACAUCCUCGCCAAUUAGACAGGCACAGGAUGGACAGAAUGCACAGUGGUGGCGGUGGAAGUCACGCUUCUCCAGACCAACAAAACCGCCGAGGGCACGAUGUGAGGCACGACCAGCACUGGGACAGUGGAAUGAGAUCGCCAGACUAUGGGGACUAUGACCGCAAGCAGGAGUACAGUGCUAGAGAUUAUGAUAGGGAAAGGACACAUGGUGACUACCAUUCACGAGAUUAUGACUCGAGGACUUACGACCGAGGGUCGCGUGAUGACUUUGAUCAUGACCUCGAUGCAAGAACCUUUGAUGAUUUUGAGGGGAUGCAUGGACAUCAUAUAGAGCGGGAGCAUCGUGAAGGCGGCUAUGGAAGCCCAGAUAGACAAUAUCGAUCUCCUAGCAAACGGCACCCACCGGUGAAACAAGGCAGUAUUGCAAUCUAAUUGGAUGACUUUCUAUGGAGAUUGGAUUACAUAAUACACCAUUUUUAUUUCCUUACAUUGAUGUCACCUUGCUCUCCUGGAACCCAGUGGUUUUUUACUCCAGUUGAAAAGAGAAAGAGAGGGAGAGAGAAAGAGAUAGAGGGGGGGGUGGACAGUAGGGAGAGGUUCCAGAGUCGGGGCUCACUGUACGGAACAGUUCUUGUUUUGGUCCCUUAACCAAGUGACUCUAUGGAAUACCGGUACAACUUAAUACACCAUGAACAUAAUACACCACACCAUGGCAUGGGUGUCAAGGACAUUCAGUGGAGCUCCAGAGUUCACGUGGAACACUUGGCACAGAUGCAGGGCAACAGUUGCCCAUGGGUGCAGAGGUUUGCUUUAAGUUUCAGAAUGCAUUCAGCACCAGGUAUUGCAAACACAUAUAUUCUAAUGAUCUGUUGGCCAUCUAACACCUCCCUGUACACAGAGGUGUGGAUGGUGUUUCUUCUGGCAGAACUGUUGGACAUGAUGAAAGGGGAUGAGUGGGUAUUGAGAAAAUAUUGUAUCACAUCCCUGGAAAUAACAGUGAAAAAAUGUAAGACAAGGGAGAUGGAGAUUUGAAUCUUCAAUGUGGGCAGGACUUCAGCCCAGAUGUUUUGAAAUGAUGUCAGAACAUGAGACAAAAACAAAGGAUCGAUUUCUACUCAGUUGUUCUUUGUGUGGACCUUUUUCAUUGGAUAGUAAGGAUAUUUUGAACAAAAUACCUGCAGUCAUUUUGUAUGCUUUGUUAAGAUGUAUUGGGGUACAGGAUCUUGGGAUGUUCAAUUUUUAAAAUGCUAUUUUGCCUCCUGUAAAAUUUGUUGCCAUUCCUUGUUCUAGUUGACCUCCAUUGUUUCAUUUUAGCCACGAUCAAAGUGAAUGCUGCCUAUGCAUUUAAAGUGUGGUUUAACAAACACUGCAGAAUUUACCCUUUGUUUCGUGUUUCUUAUAACUAGGUUCUGUAAACAAUAUAGGAUCAGUGCAAUAUACAUACAAAUAUAGAUAUACGUAUGUAUAAAUAUAAAUAUAUAUAUAUAUAUAUACACACACAAACACUCAUGUAAUCAUAAUGCAGGUUAGCUUGGAGAAAAUUGCUUCUCUGUAAUUUCUGUUGUUGUUGUCAUCAGAAUGCUAUUUAUAUUAUUCUGUAUGAGGCAUGUUAGUCUCCAUCAUGAGGUAUGACACCAAACCAUCAGGUGUUUUCCUUGUCGCUGUUCCAAGAUAUAGCAUGUAAAAUGAUAAACUGUUUCCACAUAGAUGAUGUGGAAACUGGUGGAUAGUAGACAUAUAAUUUACACAGGUAUCAGUCACAAGCAAGAAGGAUAGGUAGGAACAGCAGCAUGUAUAGGCAGUAAAUAGGCACAAUUUCUAUCGCCUAGUACCAUUUGAAUUGACUACAUGGCCAGCGAGAAAUAGGUACAGGACUACGUGAAUUGACUAUUAGGUCAUUGGGAGAUAGGUUCAAGAGUAUGUGAAAUGACUACCAGGUCGGCGGGAAAUAGAUACAGGACUAUACGAAUUGUCUACCAGGAUAAGGGGAGAAAUGUGGCUAGCUUUUAAGGCAAACUGAUAUGAAUGGACCUGAGAUCUUUUAUUAAAAAAGGUCAUGGCAUUAAUAUGAAAAGCAUUUGACAAAAACAACUAUAGAUAGUAGCAAAAAAAUCUGCAAUGAGUUUGUAUGGAUUUACUGUUUAAAAUGAUUUGGGUACAUUAUGGACAGAGUAAUCUGUAGUUGUAUUACAAUGACAACAAACUGUAAUAGACUAUAACUAACCAUGCUUUCAGCUUACAAUCAGCAUGCUUUGAGUUCUGUUUGUGACUUGUUAUCUCCUGUCUAAUGACGAUAUAUCAGAUAUCUUAAGCAACUCAGCUCCUGACUAAAAAGAAUAUAUUAGUUGUCUAAGUAACUUAUCUUCCAUCAAAUAAGAAUAUAUCAGUUUUCGUAGCAACUCAGCUCCUGACUAAAAAGAAUAUAUCUAUCAUCUUAGCAACAUUCUAUUUCUGUCUAAAGAGAAAAUAUCAGUUGUCUUAAACUUAUCUUCCAUCUAAUAAGAAUAUAUCAGUUUUCAUAGCAACUUAGCUCCAGAUUAAUAAGAAUAUAUCUGUUGUCUUAGCAACAUGUCUUUUGUCUAAAGAGGAAAUAUCAGUUGUUUUAGCAACUUAACUUCUGUCUAAUAAGAAUAUCAGUUGUCUUAUUGUCAUUGCAUGAAGAAGUCAACAAUAUUUGGUGCUUGUCUGUAGUGAUGUUGACAGUAUGAUAUACAACACAGUAUAAAGAGAAACCUGGGACACCAGUUGUAAAAAACCUCUGAAUUAUAUAAUUACAUAAUGUUUGGAGAUGCAAACUGGAUUCUGAGACAAAGUUUGCCUAACAAGGAUCCUGUGGGUAUCUUCAUUAUAAAAUAUCCUUGAUGAGUUGUCAGGUAUACAUUAGCUAGAUGGUCUGGUAAAGUUUGUAAAAAACAACUUCAAAAUCCACAAAUGUCUAGAGAACCUUGCCCCCAAAUAUGAUAGCCUGUGCUCCUUUAUAUUUGCCCAGAAGUGGUUUUCAUGCUAUGCUCUGUGUUCUAUCCUCCUUGGUGAAAGUGAUCAUACUUCAUAUAUAUCAUGCUUGUAGUGACUGUGGUGCCCCAAGCCUGCAGGACGGAAGGCGCUAUUUAUUCAUUUUAUUGCAUGGUAAAUGUUUUUGUUAGAGUGAGUGACUAUAAUGUUCAUAUAAAAAUUUGAUUCACUAGAACUGUCGUCUUGCCAUGGAUGUAUGAAUUUUUUCUAAGAAUUGAUGAUUGCAAAGUGUACCUUGAAUUGUAAACUUUUGCAUUUAAUUCAUCAGUUUUUUGACUGAGAGAAUCUCUGGCAGAAAGGGGAGUAUUAUUGCAUUAAAUAUAUGAUUGAAUUAGUGUUGAUGACUUCUGAAUUAUUUGUCAGCAGUGCUGUCUUUCAUGUCAUGGUACAAAGGGAAGUCACAUGUUUGCAGCAUGGAAUCAUGGGAACUCCUGGCACUUCCUGUAGUGAAAAUUAACACCAUUUAUUGAAGUUUAUAUUAUAUUGGAAUCCCCAACAACAUAACUGUGGUCAAAGCAUCUCCUGGCCAGUUUUAUUUUUGUGAUAGCUACCCUCUCUACAUUUAGCAUAUCAUUUUACAGUGGUCAAAGCAGGCCUCUGCUGUAGUCUCUAAGUGUUACACAGUGUUUUUUAUAGUUCAGUGCCUGAUUUCUCUGUUCUAUUGCUGUGUGAAUAGGAUAAAGUUGGAGAAAAAGAUUGGCAUUGCACAAGGAAUGCUGCUCUUGAAUGUUUACUUAUGUUACUUAAUGAUUAAAAAUUUUUAUUGGCAGUUCAUAUCUUUAUGUCUGGUGCAUGUACUAUCCUGUCAGGGCAUGGAGCUGAUUAUAAUAUUUCAAUGAGCUGAUUAUAAUAUUACAAUGAGCUGAGAACAGUGGGGAGAGGUUGCUGUCUGGCAUUACCCUGAAAUAUUAGCAUAAUUAAAUGUCAAGCAGCAGCAAAUACCCUUGACCCUAAAAUUUACCCUAUAUUUUGUCUGUUUUAUAUUGCGAGAAGUUUUCUUCUUAUUUUUGAUUUAUGUGGUGCACAAUUUUGUUUGGUGAAAAAUUUGGUCUUUAAGGUGUGACAGUGAGAAAACCUUUGAAGGCCUUUGAAGUGCAAAUAGUGUUUUUGAAAUUAUAGAAUUGUAAUUGUAUUUUAUCUGUAGCAUUGUUUACUUAUAUAAACGGGUUGAACAGUUCAAUCAGUACCACAUGUAGAUAAAGAUCUGAUGGAGGUGUGAAGAAAAGAAGCAUGAUGGUGCUGAGGUUUCCCCUUUUAAGUAUAUAUGUUAUAUUAUUGCAAUCUCCACGAGUUUCCAAAAUUCAUUAAAAAAAUUUUGAACAGCCCUUUGAACUGGACAUUUCUUCAACUUUCAAAAUUUUCUUUCGUACAUGUAUUUAACAGUUUUCUCGUAAUCCAACAUUUUUGUGUCUAACUUUGUUCAGUUAGACUUCUUUCCAUAGUUAGUAUGGAGUGUUUUUUUAAAAAGGCCUAUUUGGUCUUUUUUAGUUCUGGUCGUAAUGUUUAAAUCCCAAUAAUAUUUUUAACAAGUCAUUCAAGUGCAAUGUUAAAGUAUACCAGUUUUACAUUUGUAUUUUAUUUAUUCUGACAGCCCAUAUCGCUUUGUGCUACUGCUAUUAUGUCCUAAAUGAGAGAUUUUAUGUGACAAGUUUCACAAUCAUUGAUACCGUGUUUUUACAAUACUCAUGCAUGUAGACUUUAGACAGAAUGUAGCUUGAAUUGUGAUUUACGGCAAGGAUUCUGAAGGUGUUCAUUCUACUUCUGUACCUAUUCACCUAAAGGCAUGUUAAUAUUGCAUAUAAUAGUAGUCUACUAGAUUUGAAAGGGGUGUUACCCUGUUGCCUUUAUGGUAUUAUUUUCACUAAGUAUGAUAAAUAAUAUUACUCCCAUUUUGUUGGAUUUGUAAAUAAAAUUUAACUCCAUUA